AGACCAAAAGAAAAAGCAAAGUUAAAAAAGAAAAUCAAAGAGCUUCCUUUUUCGCUCGCCUCUCUCCCCGUUUGCCCCUUUUCGGUUCCGGUCUUGUAUAAUCAGUCAAAUCCUGUUUUAUCGUGAAUUACCACUGUCCUCACCAUUGUCGCCGUCCUUGUUCAUACUUCUCGUUUGGGUUGCUCCUAACAUCAGACCAUGGAUGACCUUCAUGGAACCAAUGGUGGGAUGCACAUUGGCGGAGCUCAAGAUCCAAUGCAUGUGCAUUAUGAACAUCAUCACGGCUUGCACCAUAUCAACAAUGGGAACGGUAUGAUGGAUGAACAUGUUGAUGAUGGGAUGAAUGAAGGAGUGGAGACAGACAUUCCUUCUCACCCUGGAAACGUAUCUGAUCAUCGCGGCGAAGUUGUGGACCGUGGCAGUGAUAAUGGAGAUCAAUUGACAUUGUCCUUUCAGGGACAAGUUUAUGUUUUUGACCGUGUCAUGCCUGAGAAGGUUCAAGCUGUGCUCUUAUUACUUGGUGGACGGGAAGUACCACAUACGCUUUCUACAACCAUAGGAUCACCUCAUCAGAACAAUAGGGGUCUAUGUGGUACCCCUCAAAGGUUUAGUGCUCCGCAAAGGCAAGCCUCGUUGCUCAGAUUUAGGGAGAAGCGAAAAGGGAGGAAUUUUGAUAAGACGAUUCGCUACACGGUGAGGAAGGAAGUAGCCUUGAGAAUGCAGCGCAAGAAAGGUCAGUUCACAUCUGCCAAGUCAAGCAAUGAUGAUUCUGGAUCCACUGGAUCGGAUUGGGGUUCAAGCCAGACCUGGGCCUUAGAAGCGACUGAGACUCAGAAGCCAGAGGCUUUUGAGAAGUCAACUCCAAUGAUGCGACGUGGACCUGAAGGGCCAAGAACACUUUGUAACGCAUGUGGACUGAUGUGGGCAAACAAGGGGGCUCUUAGAGACUUAUCCAAAGCUGCUCCUCCACAAAUAGUAGCCCAGAAUCUGCCUGCAAAUAAGAUUGACGACACAAAUCUUGAGGCUGAUCAAAUGAUCGUUGUAGCUGGUGACAUUAGCAACUCACAGUGAGAAGUGCAAAACCAUUGUUGUUAUCAUUUCCUUUGAUGAUGAUGGAAUCUGUUGUAAUCUCGUAGCCUUUGUUUCACUUAUUUAGAAAGCUCACUCAUCAGAAGAGAGAAUAACCUUUGCUCAGUCUCUCUCACCUGUGAGUUGGAUUAUUUUCAUUAGCUUUUUGUUUUCCUCAGGUAGAAAGAACCACUCAACUUUUUCUUGUAUCUUUUUUUUUUUAAUUGAGAUCACAUAAAUAUCUAAUUAAAAGCGUACUUAGUUGAUAAUUGCUAAAGUUAUUAUCCUAAACAA